AUGGCGCGAUCUAUGACAGUCUAUAAUGGCUGCCCAUUCACGAUUUGGCCCGCUAUGUAUACAGGCUCGGGAACGGCCCCGUCAUACACGACUGGCUGGUCCGCGGACGAAUACACUGCCGUCACAUUCGAUGUUCCCGACAACUGGACCGCGGGGCGCAUCUGGGCGCGCCGCGACUGCGACUUCAGCACCAACCCGGGCCCAAACUCGUGCCUUGAUGGAGGGUGCAAUGGCGGACUCGUGUGCACGGAUCCUGGUGUCCCGCCCGCGUCUCUUGCCGAGUUCACGCUCGAUGCAAAUGGCGUUGACUACUAUGAUGUCUCCCUAGUAGACGGCUACAACCUCCCAGUCGAGAUCAACAACACCGGUGGAUGUGGCGUUGCCUCAUGCCCCGUUGAUCUCGGUCCCGACUGUCCCGCUGCUCUGCAGGGCCCGUACGAUUCCACGGGUUUCCCCGUCGGCUGCAAGUCCGCUUGCGAUGCUAACUUGGACGGUGAUCCCUCAAACUCGCCCAACUGCUGCACGGGCCAAUAUGAUACGGCCGCGACGUGCCCCUCCUCUGGCGUAGCGUACUACAGCUACUUCAAGGACAACUGCCCCGACUCGUACUGCUACGCGUACGAUGAGAGCUCCGGAACUGCGCUCUGGACGUGCACGUCCUUGCCCGACUACACUGUCACGUUCUGCCCGCCCUCUUAA